AUGCCGGGGAGCCAGCGCCGGGGGCCGGCCCGCGGGGCGCUAGCCCUGUGCCUGCUGCUGUGCCUGGGCCUGCUGGCGGAGGCCUACCCCGAGAAGCCCGAGAAGCCCGGGGCCAACGCGUCCGCCGAAGAGCUGGCCAGAUACUACGCUGCGCUGCGACACUACAUCAACCUCAUCACCAGGCAGAGAUAUGGGAAACGAUCCAGUCCUGAGACACUGAUUUCAGACCUCUUGCUGAGUGAAAGCGCAGAGAAUAUCCCUCGAACUAGGCUGGAAGACCGCUCUAUGUGGUGA